UCUCAUAUCGUUCUCAGUUCUCUUUAGUACUACAUUUUCCAAACAAGCUGUAAAUAUGGCUGAAAGUUUGCACAGCGGUUUUCUCAGGCGGCUUCGCAGUCUUAUACCCAUCGAGUUAAAAAAAGAAGUGAAGGAGGUGGCAAGUCUGGCUCUGCCUGUGUUUUUGUCAUACGUGAUGGUCUACCUGAUCGGUUUUGUCAGCGUUGUGUUUUGUGGACAUCUGGGAAGGCAAAGCCUGGAGGGGGUGGCGCUGGCUACAGCUAUUAUCAACGUUUCAGCUGUUUCUGUAGGAUAUGGCUUGGCAUCAGCGUGCGACACAUUAAUAUCUCAAACUUUUGGAAGUGGGAACCUAAAGCGAAUUGGCGUGAUUAUACAGAGGUCAUUUCUGAUCUUAAUGAUGGCCUGCUUCCCUUGCUGGGCCAUUUUAAUAAACACAGAGUCAAUACUGAUUGCUGUUAAACAGAACCCUGAAGUGGCCAGAAUAUCUCAGCUAUAUGUGAAGAUUUAUAUGGCUGCUCUUCCAGGAUUAUUUACAUUCAUAACUGAGGCAACAUAUCUGCAAAAUCAAAGAAUCCAAUGGCCAUUAGUCAUUUCUGGAGCUGCAGGCAAUGUGAUCAAUGCCUUGUGCAACUACAUUUUCAUUUUUGUUCUGGAUCUCGGCAUUGUUGGAUCGGCAGCAGCCAAUGUUGUCUCACAAUAUUCCAUGGCAAUUAUUCUGUUUCUUUACAUACGAUGUAAAGGUCUACAUAAGGACACUUGGCAUGGCUUGUCCAUGGAUAGUUUACAGGAGUGGGGUGAUUUUCUGAAGCUGGGCAUUCCAGGCUUGUUAAUGCUAAGUGCAGAGUGGUGGACCUAUGAGCUGGGCGCAUUUUUGGCAGGUUUGAUAAGUGAAGUAGAGCUGGCAUCCCAAUCUGUUACCUAUGAACUGGCCAAUAUUGCAUACAUGUUUCCUGUAGGCUUCAGUGUGGCAGGUGGUGUAAAAGUGGGAAAUGCUCUGGGAGCUGGAAAGACAGAACAGGCCAAGCUGUCUGCCAAGAUCUCAAUAGCCUGUGCAGUCUCCGUCUCAGUGUGCUUUGCAGUUAUCAUUGGCAGUAGCAAAGAUGUCAUUUCUUACAUCUUCUCAAAUGAUCAGUGAGUAUUAGAGAGAGUCAGUAGAGUAAUGGUGCUCUAUGCACCGUUUCAUCUCCUUGAUGCAACAGCAGCAGCUGGUGGGAUUAUGGCCAAAGCCCUAGGAAAACAGUUGUAUGGGGCAGCUGGGAACCUGGUUGGAUAUUAUGGCAUAGGCUUUCCUAUUGGACUGUCUCUGAUGUUUGCUGCUAAAAUGGGCAUAUUUGGUCUCUGGACUGGCCUUUUAAUUUGUGUGUUCCUGCAGUCGUUUUUCCUAGUUCUUUUAACCAAGCUAAACUGGGUGAAGGCCACAGAGGAGGCACAGAUUAGAGCUGGGGUCCAAUUGGACAGCCCAGAGAAUGAUACAGUACAACAGGCUAACAUGGAUCUCUCCAUGGAAGAUGGCCCUCACAUUGACACUGAGAUUCUGACAGAGAAUCUCCCCACACACUAUAUCACAACCAGGAACACACUACCUUUAGGGGUCUUGGUGGUUCGGAGAGGCCUGACACUGUUGGCCAUGUUCAUUAUUCUGUCUGUAGGAAUCACUUUAAAUAUAAUUGUAAAGAGGUAGCAAUGUGUUAAAGCCAUGUUAGAGAGUUAUUAGUCACUGUUACUGUAUGGGCAUUAAUUCCUUUGUAGACUAAUCGCAUGAAUAGCUACCUGAAGGUACAAUGCUACAUACAGAAGGUUUACAAUCUCUUGUUAUAUGUUUCAGGAGUUACAGAAAUGAAUAUUUUAAUAAAUUAUUUGUAAGUGACUAUAUUUAAUUCUCUGUCUAUGGAUUCCAUUAUUAAUUUACUAUAUUUGUGCAAUUUAAACAAAUAAUAAUUAGCCUAUCUCUCAACCUAACAAUAUUUAACUAUGUUAUUUUGAUUAGAAAAAGAAAAUUAAAUUUUCCUGCCAUUGUAUUUCUACCUCAUGUAGAUUAAUAACAUUCUCAUUUUUCUAAUUUUUUCUCAUUGUCUAUAUAAUGUUCUCUAUCAUAGCAAUGGCAGUUUGAAUACCACUAAGGUCAAUACACUGUAAAUGAUACAGCAUAAGGUCAAUACUAAAUAAAAACACUUUGACUUUGA